UUCAUAUAUAUAGCGGGCCAUAAAUGAAUGUGGUACAGACAGUCAGAAGUCAAACCAAAUAUGAAUACCUCCACUUGUGUAUUGUUCGUUGCGUUGGUGUGCUCGGCGCAUUGCAAUCCGCUGGGGCAGACGACGGUGUGUGAGUCUGCGCAGAACGUGCCCCUAGGUGGCGCCACCACCGUGUGUGAAUCUGCACCCAAUCUCUACCCUUACUACGGCUGUGGAGUUCCCCUCUACAGCGGCCUCGGCUGCCCCUACGGCCUGCCUUACCCCGGCAUUGGUUCCGCCACCGUCUGCGAAAGCACACCCAACAUCGGGCUCGGAGGACUGGGAGGACUGGGAGGACUCAACUUACUAAACCAGUGGGGUAAUUACCCGAUCGGUCUGCCUUUGGGUAUGCCUUGCGGUGUACCAAAUAUCGCUUCUACAACUGUAUGCGAAAAUGUACCUAAUCUUUUAAAUUACGGUGCACUAGGCUAUCCUUAUACUGGUUUACCGAUGAUCAACGGUUUAGGAACUUCUACUGUUUGUGAAAGUACACCUAAUAUUGGUUUAAGUCCCUGUGGCAUGCCUCUCGGAGGCUUGCCUUUAGGCGGACUUCCUCUCGGAGGCUUGCCUCUAGGAGGCCUACCUCUGGGAGGCUUGCCUCUAGGUGGUUUGCCUAUUGGAGGUCUGCCAUUGAAUGGACUGGGCGUUGGCCUGGGAGCGGCGGGAGUUCCUUUUUUAUAA